CUGCCGCCAACCUUCGUCAUCAUAUCAUCGCCAUGGUUCAACUAGUGAAAAAAUAGUGCUUGCAAUUGAUACCCUCGUUUCGUUACCGAGGCCGUACGCCAUGUUCUAUCACUGUUUCUGCAACCACGCAGAUUCACCUGAAUCGGGCAGGCCCUCUAUCGUCGAUGCCGAACGAACCAGUAAAACUACGCCGCCGGAUUGCAGGCGGAUCUUGUCCAUCACGAGCAUCAAGCAUCGGCAUUAUCCAUCUCCUCCACCACUGGUUCGGUUCCGAUGGGGUCCUGGCCGUCGGGUGUUUGGCACCACACCAGCAGACGCGUGGCGCAGGGUGGAAACCGUUACGCUGGUCCGCUUCCAGCAAAGCCAGCCGCUUGACCAGCGGCUUCGCGAAGGGAGACGAACUGGGGGCGCAGCGACUUUGGACGCGCCGAACGGCUCGUCCGGCCCCGGUCUUUGAGCUGGACCAUGCCGUGGUGGACGCGGACGCCGGAGGUUCCUUGAAGGUUCCCUGGUGGCUCCAUGGUGCUUUUUUGGUCGUCAUCCCGUGUGGCUCCCUGGGGCAGCCCCAUCUUCAUCCUAUCCAUCCGUUCAUCGCGCGAGGGAUCUUUGUCAUUUGCCCAUAUCACAGCUCGAUGAAUCGCAUACCGUUCUUGGGCAGCCCAUCCAUCCAUCGGGUGGGUCCGACGGACCCAGGUACCGAGACACACGACGACGACCGAUAAGUAGACGUGCAGGGAUCAUCAGGCGAGCUGCCAUCGUGUGGCACGCCACAUCUCCCGACCCAGAACCCUGCCUGGCACCUUGAUCUGAUGCCUCGACCUGAUCUUGUGUGCCCUGGACCGAUCACUGACUCGCCAAACCCGCCACAACAACGGUCCCACGAGGGUCCCACGAGCCUCACAUCACAUGUCAUUGUUCCAAAAGCCUGCCACAGCACGCCGAUGCACUACGAUGCACUACGAUGCAUUGAGAUGAGCGUCCCUACAAUGCACUACACCGCAAGCGGGCAU